AGCAAGCAGGGGCGUCCCUCCUCCCUCCAAACACACUGGAGUUUCCUCUCGGAGAACGGGAGGGGCUGGACGGAAAGUCCAGGAGAGGGUGGAGCGCCCGGCUUGGGCCCCCUCCGCUCGCUGGUGUGCCCACACCCCCGGACCCACCCUCGACACGCCAGUGUGGGUGUUGGGCUGCAGACGGCUGGGAAGGGGGGCUGCGAACGCCCAAAGCCUGGACGGCGGGAAGGGGCAGCGCACGGUGACGCCCCGGGCCCGACAUGUCCACGCCUCCCUCCCCGGCCUCUGCGCCCCGCUCCCGGCUCGCCAGCUCCCGCCCCUCCUCCACCGCCGGCCCCGCCUCCGCCACCACGGGGUUUCGCCCGCGGCGGAGUGAAAUCUGCAUAGUGGCCGCCCCUCUGGGAGAUGAUUGGUGCAGCCCCCGGCCGUCGCGGCCGCCGAUUGGUGGGCCGCCCGCGUUAUUUGCAUGUCGCCGGCGGCGGGGGCCGCAGCUGCGCGGGCGGGCGGCCGGCGCCGCGCAGAAGUUUCCGAGCGCCUUCUCGCCGGCGGGGCGCGCGCAGGGCCCGGAGCCGCCUCCCCCGGCCGCCGCCGCCCGCUCGCUCGGGACUCCUCGGCGGAGCACAGGCGCUCUGCGGGCGCGAGCUCGGGGCGGACGAGGGGGCGCGCCGAGGGGGAGCGGCGGGGCCGUGCCCGGGGCAGCUUCGCGCCGGGACGCGGGGCCCCGGCCGCCGCCAGGCUCGCCCACCUUCCCGCGGCCGCCGGGCGGGCGAUGCGGCGCCGGGAGGCGGGAGGGCGCCCGGGAGCCAGCGCCGGUUUCUGCCCACCUGGGGAAGGGAGCAUGGAGCUGUGAGCGCCCCGCGCUCGGCGACGCCGCCCCGCGCAGGCUCCCCAUGGCCGGGACGUACAGCUCCACUUUGAAGACGCUGGAGGACUUGACCUUGGACUCCGGGUAUGGGGCCGGGGACUCGUGCCGCUCGCUCAGCCUCUCGUCCUCCAAGUCCAACUCGCAGGCGCUCCACUCCUCGGCGCAGCAGCACCGCGGGGCGGCCUGGUGGUGCUACUCCGGCUCCAUGAACAGCCGCCACAACAGCUGGGACACGGUGAGCACGGUGCUGCCCGAGGACCCCGAGGUGGCCGACCUCUUCGCGCGCUGCCCGCGCCUCCCCGAGCUGGAGGAGUUCCCCUGGAGCGAGGGCGACGUGGCCCGGGUGCUUCGCAAGGGCGCCGGCGGCCGGCGGCUGCCCCCGUUCUCGGCGGAGGCGGCGAGGCGCCUGGCGGGGCUGCUCCGCAGGGCGCUGAUCCGCGUGGCCCGCGAGGCGCAGCGCCUGAGCGUCCUGCACGCCAAGUGCACCCGCUUCGAGGUGCAGAGCGCCGUGCGCCUGGUGCACAGCUGGGCGCUGGCCGAGAGCUGCUCGCUGGCGGCGGUCAAGGCGCUGUCGCUGUACAGCAUGAGCGCCGGCGACGGGCUGCGCCGGGGCAAGUCGGCGCGCUGCGGCCUCACCUUCUCCGUGGGCCGCUUCUUCCGCUGGAUGGUGGACACCCGCAUCUCCGUGCGCAUCCACGAGUACGCGGCCAUCUCGCUGACGGCCUGCAUGGAAAACCUGGUGGAGGAGAUCCGGGCCAGGGUGCUGGCCAGCCAGAGCCCCGACGGCGGAGGAGCAGGAGGCGGGGAGGUGUCCCCCGAGGUCCUGGAGAUGGUCGUCAACAACGACGCCGAGCUCUGGGGCGUCCUGCAGCCCUAUGAGCAUCUCAUCUGCGGCAAGAACGCCAAUGGUGUCCUCUCCCUCCCUGCGCACUUCAGCCCCUACCGCAGCAGCUCCCUGGGCCGCGAUGAGCCGGCCGACGCCUACGCUCAGCUGGAGCUCCGCACCCUGGAGCAGUCCCUCCUGGCCACCUGUGUGGGGAGCAUCUCGGAGCUGAGUGACCUGGUCUCCCGUGCUAUGCACCACAUGCAGGGACGCCACCCGCUGUGUCCUGGCUCCAGCCCCGCCCGCCAGGCCCGCCAGCCGCCCCAGCCCAUCACCUGGUCCCCCGACGCCCUCCACACGCUCUACUAUUUCCUGCGGUGUCCACAGAUGGAGUCCAUGGAGAACCCCAACCUGGACCCCCCGAGGAUGGCCCUCAACAAUGAACGGCCCUUCCUGCUGCUGCCGCCUCUGAUGGAGUGGAUGCGCGUGGCCAUCACCUACGCAGAGCACCGCCGCAGCCUCACCGUGGACAGCGGCGACAUCCGGCAGGCGGCUCGGCUGCUGCUGCCCGGCCUGGACUGUGAGCCCCGGCAGCUCAAGCCUGAGUGCUGUUCCAGUUCCUUCCGGAGGCUGGAUGCCCGAGCGGCCGCCGAGAGAUUCCACCAGGACCUGGGAUUCCGCAUGCUCAGCUGCGGCAGGACGGACCUCAUCAACCAGGCAAUUGAGGCCCUGGGCCCGGACGGGGUUAACACCAUGGAUGACCAGGGUAUGACGCCGCUGAUGUACGCCUGUGCUGCUGGGGACGAAGCGAUGGUCCAGAUGUUGAUUGAUGCUGGAGCAAACCUGGACAUCCAGGUUCCCAGCAGCUCUCCCAGGCAUCCCUCCAUUCACCCCGACAGCCGGCACUGGACGCCGCUGACGUUUGCUGUGCUGCAUGGACACAUCUCUGUAGUCCAGUUGCUGCUGGACGCUGGUGCCCACGUGGAGGGCUCGGCGGUGAACGGUGGCGAGGACAGCUACGCGGAGACGCCCCUGCAGCUGGCCUCUGCAGCUGGGAACUAUGAGCUGGUCAGCUUGUUGCUGAGCCGAGGCGCUGACCCCCUUCUCAGCAUGCUCGAAGCCAACGGCAUGGCCUCCUCCCUCCACGAGGAUAUGAACUGCUUCAGCCACUCGGCUGCCCACGGCCACAGGAACGUCCUGAGGAAGCUCCUGACGCAGCCGCAGCAGGCCAAAGCAGAUGUGCUGUCCCUGGAGGAGAUCCUGGCCGAGGGCGUUGAGGAGGGCGGCACGACCAGCCAGGGCAGCGGCAGCGAGGGGCCCGUGCGCCUGAGCCGGCCCCGCACGAAGGCCCUGCAGGAAGCCAUGUACCACAGCGCGGAGCACGGCUACGUGGACAUCACCAUGGAGCUGAGGACGCUGGGUGUCCCCUGGAAGCUGCACGUGUGGAUCGAGUCUCUGAGGACCUCCUUCUCCCAGUCACGGUACUCGGUGGUGCAGAGCCUCCUGCGGGACUUCAGCUCCAUCAAGGAGGAGGAGUACAACGAGGAGCUGGUGACCGAGGGCUUGCAGCUCAUGUUCGACAUCCUCAAGACCAGCAAAAAUGACUCAGUCAUCCAGCAGCUGGCUGCCAUCUUCACACACUGCUACGGCAGCACGCCCAUCCCCAGCAUUCCCGAGAUCCGGAAGACCCUGCCGGCCAGACUCGACCCACACUUUUUGAACAACAAGGAGAUGUCAGACGUGACCUUCCUGGUGGAAGGCAAGCUGUUCUAUGCACACAAAGUCCUGCUGGUGACAGCUUCCAACAGGUUCAAGACGCUGAUGACGAAUAAAUCGGAACACGACGGCGACAACAGCAAAACCAUCGAGAUCAGCGACAUGAAGUACCACAUCUUCCAGCUCAUGAUGCAGUACCUGUACUAUGGAGGGACGGAGUCCAUGGACAUCCCCACGACCGACGUCCUGGAGCUGCUGUCAGCUGCCAGCUUGUUCCAGCUGGACGCCCUGCAGAGGCACUGCGAGAUCCUGUGCUCCCAGACGCUCAGCGUGGAGAGUGCUGUGAACACCUACAAGUAUGCUAAGAUCCACAACGCCCCUGAGCUGGCCCUGUUCUGCGAGGGCUUCUUCCUGAAGCAUAUGAAGGCCCUGCUUGAGCAGGACGCCUUCCGGCAGCUCAUCUACGGCCGGAGCAGCAAGGUGCAGGGCCUCGACCCACUGCAGGACCUGCAGAGCACGCUGGCCGAGCGCGUGCACUCCGUCUACAUCACCUCCCGGGUGUGAGGGGGACAGCUGGUCGGCACACCCAGCCUCCUGUCUCCUGGCAGCCAGGGACCAGAAAGGCUGGGAGCAAGUGUAGCCGGGUGUCAGGCCCAGCGCGUAGCCAGGGCCUGUCAACGUGCCAGGGCCUGGCUGGGUGGGGGCUGGGUGUGGGCUCUCUUGGAGCCAGGUUCACAAGACUCAGUUUCCCCUCUUCCCCCAGACCUCCCCUCUGGUAUCCAUCUGUCCUUGGGCAGGCAGACGUGCCCUGAGCCCACCUGUCACUGGGCAGCCCCACCCUCAACCCCUCUGCCCCAGAGCUAACCAUUUGCUCGACCCGUGAUGGGCAACAGGCAGAUGUGGCCAAAAGGUGGCCCCUCCCUCCACCCCUGUUUGCACCUUGAGGGCUGCCCUGUGCUCACCCUCAGGUGCCCCUGCCCGACUCCUGGAGGGCAGCAGCUGAUCCCAGCUCACCUCUGCUGUGAACAGCUUCUGCCCAUGCCCUCCAGGCUCUCCCCGUGAGCUCAGACUGUCUCGCCUGGGGCUCUCGGGGUGUGGGCAUCCUUAUGAACGUAAGAAUGUGCUCCGAGCCCCCGGCCGUGGCAGCCAAAAGCGGGCACUCUUCCCCUGUCCUGUCAGAGGCUGCCCACAUCCCUGGCCGUGCCCUUCAAAGGCUUUUCAGGGCUGGGGGCGCCUGCACCGGGUCACUUUGCAGCCCUUGGUCUUUGGUGGUCGGCCCACAGAGGCCUCCUUGGUCAGUGGUAGGGGCAGUUCCCCAGCUGAUGCCUCCAGAGCUUCGGAUCUGAGCUAGUGGGGGCGGCCUGGGGGUGCGGCGUGGGGUAUAGUAGAGGAGCCUGGUGGCCUCAGCUUUUGUUUUGCUGCUGUUUUUAGGGGCCAGUGGAAAGGAGUCGAUUCUGAAGCCCCAGGCCUCAAUUCGGCUGCCUCAGGGGGCUCAGGAAGCAGAGCCCUAAAUGUCCCCCAGUUGAGUCCCGCAGGUGGACUGGAGAGGGGGCCCACCCGUGUCCAUGGGAGUGGCAGGUCUGGGGCAUCUCCAGGUCAGGGCCUUGGUGGAAGGAGAGGGCCGGGGCAAAGGACCUUCUGCUUCCUCCCCUCCCCUGCCGGCCCUGACUGUGGGCUCUGGGGUGUCCUGGGACGCAGACAGCGUCAGGCCUGGACACUCACUGUAUUUAUGGACCAGACACUGGGGGAGCGUUCGGACAGCUUGCUCUGGGGCUGGUCGUCUUCAGCUGUCUGGACACCUUAGAAACUAUUUAUUCACCAAAAGCUCCAGGCACUUCAGGAGGUGUCAUUGGGUCACCUUGUAAAGCCCGGGGGCUUGCAGUCCUGGAAAAUAUUUUCUACUAGCUGCUUGGGCAGGAUGUACAAAGGGACAGGCGUUAUUUUAUUGCUGUAAUAUUGUAUGAUACUGUAACUAUACAUUAAUGUUGUCACUUACUGUAAAUGUACCAUGGUUUUAUUAACAAUAAACGCUUGUUAACAAUGA